CUGCAGCUGGCGAUUUUUGCUUUUUUGCAUUCUAGACCGAACGAAUCGGCAUUGAGCAGUUCAUCGAUCUGUAUCUACCUCGUUUUAGGCCCGAGUUAGAGACUAAAAAAUUGGCUUGACGGCGGUAAAAAGAUGCUAUUGUCGCAUUGAUUACCAACCUUGUUAUGGUCGAAUUGCCGAUGAAAAAAUGAAACCAUUCAAACCACAACGUGUUCAACAAAGGCACUGGUUCAUAACGAUCAACUUCAAAAGUAAAUUGUCAAAAUUUCGGUUAACAAUUCCAAACUGAAAUUCAGCAGUUUUUCCUGGCAAUGUCGACAAAAAUCAGAUCAGUGAAUCGGAAGCUUCCUCCGGAAAAAGAUCUGCUUGAGGACGCAAGUCCUUGGUACUCAGUGGGGAAAAUUUUGCCCACGUCAACCAAGAGCAAGGCAGAUGUUUUCACGUCUUUCCGACCAACGAAACAAUGCGUGGAUUACUCCAUUUCGGAAACCUGGACCAAAAUGCAGAAAGGUGAUCUGAAAGUUAACAUCAAGCAAACGGUGGCCAACUACAAGGACAUCCCGCCCGAAAUAUGUAAACCCAAGCGCCCGAAAAAGACGAAACUGUUCAGUGGGGGUCCACCCCAAUGGAAAUUUAUCGACGAGCUGUGGAGACUCCACGUGGAAGGAGCUCAAGUCAAGCUGAAAAGCGAGCAAAAAAUAACCAGCAAACAAAUCAAAGUCCAGAGAGCUCUUAAGCACAGGAACGUCCACUGUAUCGUACAGGAAAUGGUCGGCCCUGACUGGUUCAUCGAGUUGAACCCCAAACAGCUACAAGCUGUCGAUGAACUGCCCCAUGCUGUUUGGUUCGAUUUUAGUAAAGGAGGCACAAUGUACUGCGAAGAACUCCUGGCAGAACUAGGCCUGGUUCUCAGACCCAAUCAGUAUCAUGUGAGAAAAGCUUUGCUGCACAGCUGCGGAGAUCCUGUCGAGUUUCUGCUGGUUUUAUACCAGCUGAUGAACCCUGCACGAACCAGCUACUCUCUCAACGACCGCUUGGUGCUGUCUGCGGUAGUACAUUUGAGUUUAAUGUCCACAUUGAAGGAGCUACACGUCCGAAUUCCUUCUCCUCCAAACCUGCCCGGGCAGCCUCCCGUAUUGAAAAAGAAACUUGCGAAAAAGACCCAAAUUUCACCCUAUUUACAAUCUCUAACCUAUCAACCUCCGCCUCCUCGGUUCAGUGGGGUUUACAAGAACAAACAUCGACAGUACCCGCAGAGUUGCUACUUUGCCUACAAGUCAGCGCUGGAGCAGCAGAAAAAAAUCAAUGCUUAUGGCCCUCCGGCUGGUUCCUGGAGCAGCGACGACGAAAUGCAAGAGUACAUGAAAGAGUACAGAGCCGCUCAAGAGUUCUACCAAAGUCUUGCAGGAGUGAAGCAAGAGAUGCUAUAUCUCAUUCCAGCAAAAAUAUUAAGGAUGUGCCCCAAUUUUCUUCAUUCUAGUCAGAAGGUGAUCGUCAAUCAGAAACUAAUUGCUCCUAAGUUGUGCAAAGUGUCUUCUUCGGAGGAAUUGAUCUGUUUUUGCGACGACAGUUUGCAAACAACCGAAGAUAAUUUGGGGAAAACGUUUAAGCGAAGCGUUUGCGAGAAGCGAGCUCAAGAGUUUCUAGAUACGCAGUGUUUUUGCGACGACUGUUUAGAGCAACUGCACCAGAAGGUCCUGAUUCGAAUCCAUGGAGGAUUUAAAAACACCCCCUGCCACUGUGAAGCCCCCAUUCCCAUUAUACAGGGUUCCGUGAGCAGUAAAGUCUGCGAUUGCUACAGGGAGUACCGAAACAGGGUUGUAGCGAGCGCAGCCCGACAACGCCUGAUAGACCAAGACGCAAAACUUCUCUUAGGCGGUGUGUUUAUGACCAAGUUGGGGCCAAUCUAUCAAAUAGUUGGAACUAGAGGCGGCAAAAUAUGUCUUUGUGAAGAGAUUCUGAAGCGCAAAGCCCUCAUAAACCAAUACAAAGAAUCUUUGAUGCAAAACGACACCAAAUUGGUGGUGGGCGGAGUCACCAUGACCAAACUGGGACCCAUUUUCUGCGUGAGCACAGUUGUAGCCCGAAAACCUUGCAGAUGCAUUUUAAGCUAUCGGAAAAAAUUGGAGGUUCUAAUAGUACAAAACAAGGUUCGCGCUCAUCCAGUCAUCCUAAUAAACAAUGGCUUGGUCCAAGGAAAACUAGGUCCAGUUUUCUACUUUUCCGGAGUGCCUGAUGUACCCAGAAAAACUGAGCAAUUAUCCGCUGCUUGUAGCUGUGAGAUCGUAAAAUCCAAAUGCUUGCAACACUGCUUGGAUUAUUUAGAGUACAACUCUCAGAAAUAUGAAACUCAGUCAAUUUCUAGUUCGGAAGACAGUUGUUCGGAAAAUUGUAAAGACGAAUCGUCUCAAUCGUGUUCUGGUGACUGUUCUUUGGAAGUCAAUGACGCCGAUGCAAAUUUGGAUGUCUGUUGCCAUGUGAAGACCAAUGUUCGGAAAUCGUGCGGGCCAUGCCCUUCCAGAAACUCAACUGAAUCAACAGAAACCACAAGCAGUGAAAGUUCGACAAAACCUUCCACAGCAGGAUCUUUCUCGAAUAGCGACAGUAUAAAAUCCUGCAAGUGCAAAAGCGAACUGGAUAGAUUCAUGCAAUCGAAAUGUCCAUGCGAGGAGUGCAAUCGAAAAAUCAGACAGGAAUACGCCACCCUUAUAAUGGGGGGCGCCAAAACUACCCCUAGUGGUAACCAAAUCAAUGUUGUGCAAGCUGUUCAUCAACCGCUCUGCAGCUGCAUGCACGACCAUCUGAACAACAGACGAAAAAUUGAUGAGUACAAGGCCAGAAUCCAGGCCAGGUACAAUUUGAAAAAACAGCGCCAAAAGUAUCAAGUUUCAGGAGUUACGAAUACCCCGAAAGGUCCGGUCUACAUAAUUGCUGGAAUGAGAGCGCCAGUGGACUGCGAAUGUGCGAAAGCCAUUCGGGAAAGCCAAGAAUUAGCAGCCUUUGAAAAGCAACGGGCCAAACCGAUUAAAGGCCGCUUAAAGUAUGGAAUAGCAGGUGUAAAAGGAAUGCCCGAUGAAAAUAUCUAUAUAGUGUCUGGAUCGGUUCCCGUGCGACCUUGCGCUUGCGAACAUAUUUUGGCUAAAUUUGAGCGAGCUCAUAAAGGCUGCUUGGAGGAAUUUGAGCAGUUUAUGCAGCAGUCCGAGAACGAAAAGUCUGUGUAUGAGACUGAACUCGACGUGCAAACUAAUCGGCGAUCGCCACUGCGAAGCAUAGACAUCAAUUUUGCCAAAGGGUUUGAAAAUUUCCCAUCUAACAUGUUUAUGAUCAAGCAAUCAGAGCAUGGCGUGCAGGAGAUGGAAAAGGUGUUGGACGAAAUUCGACAAAUGGAUGCCACGACGCCUGAUUCAUUAAAAAAUCCCAUCCCAGUUGAUGAAGCACCACCGUGCAGUGAAUCUGACGAACUGAAUUGUGCAGAAAGUCAUGAAAUCGAGGAUCCAACUCAGUGCUCAACUGAUGUUGAAAACCCCCUAGAUGAUACACUAGAAGCAGUGGAAUCCAAGCAAGUAUCGUCUUCAUCUUCUGAAGACUCAGACAGCACUGUGUCCGAAAGCGCAAGUUGCCAUGUGGAUCCUCCGAGACAGAUCCUGCCUAUUACUAUACCCCAAACCGCCAGCCAACCAGAAUCCUUCCUCAGCAAGAGAUUUGCAAUUUUCCGGCGCUUGCCCACGUGCAGAAAAACCUUGAUGCAACUCGUAAAGCGGAUCUUGGAAGGUAUGGCUGAGGAUGGCUUCCCUCUGGCGAAGCUUCCCCAGGUCUACAAGCUACCAAUUUUCAAGCUAUGGAUCGAAAUGCGGUGCGGAGUCUCUUGGAGCUACGAGGAUAAAGUGAAGUCAUACGGAGUGAGCAAAAGCCUGUGGAGGCAUACCGAUGUUUGCUACAAACACCUCUUGCCAACUACUAUGCCUUAUACGAUUGCAAAGGCCAGAAUGAUGACUUGGAAAGAUGCGAAACACAUCAAGAGAGUGGCUGCAGAGAAACAAGAGGAGUUCUAUAGGCAGCUGAAGAACGUCAACAUUGACACUGGGCGAGAAUUCUUUGCAACUACUUUUGCCUACGAGUUCCCCACGCCCACUUGGAGGGAAUGUGCCUUUGCCUACAUUCCAACCAAAGAAGAGAAUAUAUUCCCCUUUAAGGUGGUGCAACCGCACGAGGCCAGAAUUAUUCCAGACAAUCGAAAAAUUCAUUGCUACUGUUGAAUAGAUUGUUCAAAGGA